AUGAAUAAAUUAAUUAUAUCUUUUAUUGUAUUAGUAGCUUUGUUUAAUACAUUUACAAUUGCAAAGGAGUUAGCAGCAGGACAAUGGACUUUACAUGGUUCAAAUAAAUGUAGUACACCACAAACUAUGAAUCUGGUAAAGAAAAAUGGUAUGAUUAGUACAAUCUCACCAGAGGGUUUCCUCUACUUGACCAAUGUAACGGUUAACAAUGAUGGAACAUUCCAAGGAUACGGUGCACUCUAUAGAAAUCUACAUAUCUACGCCUAUACCAACGUAAAAGGUACCAUUUACAACCCAUUUGCCUUCAUAGCCGUUUAUUCUUCUAGCAGCGGCUUUACUGGUGAUACUUAUUACUAUUCUCUAUCGACUUGUAAUGAUUCUUCAGACGACGAAUCAAAUAUAGUAGAUGAAUACUCUGCUACUGUUUUCAUAUAA